AUGCGGCAGGAAUCUUCAAGUGGGAUUUCUCUGACCAGGAAGUUGUGUUUUGCUGCUGGAGGUGUCCCAAAUCAGCUCACCUCUGUGGCCAUUAGUGUCUCACUACAGAUCUUUCUACUGGAUGUUGCACAGCUGGAGGCCUUCUCCACCUCCAUGGUUCUGUUGGUGAGUCGGGUCUGGGAUGCAGUGACUGACCCUCUGGUCGGAUACCUGGUGAGCCGCAGCAAGCGGACGCCGAUCGGUAAACUCACUCCAUGGCUGGUUCUUUCCACGCCAUUUGGUGUUCUGUCUUACGUGCUGCUGUGGUUUGUUCCCCAAGUUAAGACGUCUCUCAAGACGACGUGGUUUGUUGCAGCUGCCUGCCUGUUUGAGACCCUCAUGAGUGGCUACAAUGUCCCCUAUCUCUCUUUGAGUAUGUUCCUGGGAGGAGACCAGAGAGACAGAGACUCUGCCACCGCCUACAGGAUGAGCGUGGAGAUGACAGCGAUGCUGUUAGCAUCCGUCAUCCAGGGUCAGGUUGUGGCGGUGUACCAUGCAGAAAAGCAGGAUGCCUGUGAGCAGCUAGAACAAGAUGGACCCCCAAGUUUGUCUCCACCGCAUGUUGCAUCACUUCAAGCAACGCAAAAGGCUUUCCUGACCUCCGCGAUGGUUAUUGGAGGGCUGUUUUUCAUCUGUAGCCUUGUUCUCUUUUUGGGAGUGAAAGAGCAGCAGGGCCCCGUGAGCUCCAGUGACAAAGUACGGCCAUCUUUUACAAACUCACUGAAGAUGCUGAUUUGUCACAUUGCUUACCGACGUCUGGUGCUUGGAUUUGUGUUCAGCGCUUUUGCAUUUCAGACAUCCUUGGGAAAUUUUGCCCUGUUUUGCAGUCAUGCAGCGAAUCUCGGAGAUCAAUUCCAACACCUCCUACUGGUUUUACUGGUUUCUGCAUCAGUAGCAGUUCCUCUAUGGCAAGUGGUUCUCCUGAGAAUUGGAAAAAAGGCCACGGUCUUCAUCGGGUUCUCACUAUUCAUCCCAGCAUCAAUCAUAGUCGCCUGUGUCCCCAGCAACCUCCCUGUUUUCAUGAUAAUGUGCGUCCUGAUGGGAUUCAGUGUGGCGACAAUAUUUUUGUUACCAUGGUCCAUGCUCCUUGAUGUGGUUGAGGACUUUGCCUUAACGCAUCCCUCCUGUAAAGACCUGGAGCCGCUGUUUUUCUCCUGCUACGCCUUCUGCAAUAAGCUGGCAGGAGGCCUCGCCAUUGGACUCUCCACCAUGACUUUGCAAUUUGUGGGAUACAGGGCUGGCGCGUGUCACCAUGGCGACGGAGUGGUGACGGCUCUAAUCAUGCUAUUUUCGCCUGUUCCCGUCGCUCUACUGUUGAUAGGGAUGAUGUUCUUUCGCUCCUAUCCAAUCAAUGAGAGGCAAAGUCUGUCAAAACAAGAAGCGGCUACUGCACAUUUAACAGCUCCAUCUUCAUCAUUCCAGCAAAGGGAAAAUGCAGAGCAGUGUGCUGGUGUGACAACAAUUUCACAUCUUUUGCACAAAUCCAAUUCAUCACAUGCACGUCCAGAUACUCUUGUUAGAUUAUCUGCCAUAUUCGUUGACUCAAAUUGUACAUCCUCAAAGAAGAGAUCCAAAGUCUCUUGGGUGUAGCAAGUGUUUCACUAUUUGGAAUUAGUCUGAUUAAAAGCUUACAUAACAGAAAAUAAAUGGAAUUCGAAAGUUUUCUCAACCAGGUAAAUCCUGUUGUAUGUAUUAAUAGUAAUGUUAAAAAUGGCAUUAUGCUUGUGUUGAUGGUAAAUGUUUUCAUGAACGUAUCAUGUAAUCCUCAUAAUGUGACCUGACAUAUUUUUUACAAUUAUUCUGCUUCACUGGUGGUAUUGUUUUUGUAACAAUGCUGUCUGAA